UGGGGGGAGGAACAUGGCGCAAGCUCUGUCUGAGGAGGAGUUUCAGCGGAUGCAGGCUCAGCUGCUGGAACUCCGGACAAACAACUAUCAGCUUUCAGAUGAACUACGCAAAAAUGGAGUUGAACUCACGAGUCUUCGCCAGAAGGUGGCCUACCUGGAUAAAGAGUUCAGCAAAGCUCAGAAGGCACUGAGCAAGAGCAAGAAAGCUCAGGAAAUUGAGGGACUGCUGAGUGAAAAUGAGAUGCUGCAGGCAAAACUGCACAGCCAGGAGGAGGACUUCCGCUUGCAGAACAGCACUCUUAUGGCUGAGUUCAGCAAGCUUUGCAGCCAGAUGGAACAAUUAGAGUUGGAGAACCGGCAGCUGAAGGAUGGUGCUGCCAAGCCCGAGGUGGCUCAGGUUGGGAGCAUUGUGGAUGGAGAGCUGUUGAGGCUGCAGGCUGAGAACACAGCCCUGCAGAAGAAUGUGGCUGCCCUGCAGGAGCGCUAUGGGAAAGAGUCUGGGAAGUCAGUAGCUGCUAAUGAGGGUCCUGGGGACUCCACUGGGAGCCCAACCCCCACUGUUCUGGCCCCCAUGCCAUUGACAGAGGUGGAACUGAAAUGGGAGAUGGAAAAGGAGGAAAAGAGAUUGCUCUGGGAACAGCUGCAAGGUUUAGAGAGCUUGAAGCAGGCAGAAACGACCCGACUUCAGGAAGAACUAGCCAAGCUCUCAGAAAAACUGAAAAAGAAACAAGAAAGUUUUUGCCGUCUACAGACAGAAAAGGAGACACUUUUCAAUGACAGCCGGAACAAGAUCGAAGAGUUACAACAGCGGAAAGAAGCUGAUCUCAAAGCUCAGCUGGCUCGGACGCAGAAGCUACAGCAGGAACUUGAAGCAGCCAAUCAGAGCUUGGCAGAGCUGAGAGAUCAGCAGCAGGGGGAGCGCCUGGAGCAUGCAGCCGCUCUGAAAGCCCUCCAAGAUCAGGUGUCCGUGCAGAGCGCAGAUGCUCAGGAACAGGUGGAAGGGCUGUUGGCUGAGAACAAUGCCUUGAGGACCAGCCUGGCUGCCCUGGAACAGAUCCAAACAUCUAAGACCCAGGAACUGAACAUCCUCCGGGAACAGACGACUGGUCUCACGACCGAGUUGCAGCAGCAGCAGACUGAGUAUGAGGAUCUCAUGGGACAGAAAGAUGACCUCAACUCCCAGCUCCAGGAAUCAUUACGGGCCAAUAGUCGACUGCUGGAACAACUUCAGGAAAUUGGGCAGGAGAAAGAGCAGUUGACCCAGGAACUACAGGAGGCUCGGAAGAGUGCUGAGAAGCGGAAGGCCAUGCUGGAUGAGCUGGCCAUGGAAACGCUGCAGGAGAAAUCCCAGCACAAGGAAGAGCUGGGAGCAGUUCGGCUCCGGCACGAGAAGGAGAUGCUGGCGGUACGUGCCCGCUACGAGCGUGAACUCCGGGAGUUACACGAAGAUAAGAAACAGCAGGAGGAGGAGCUCCGCGGACAGAUCCGAGAGGAGAAGGCACGCACACGGGAUCUAGAGAACCUGCAGCAGACAGUGGAAGAGCUUCAAGCGCAAGUGCAUUCAAUGGAUGGUGCCAAGGGCUGGUUUGAGCGGCGCCUGAAGGAGGCUGAGGAAUCGCUGCAGCAGCAGCAGCAUGACCAAGAUGAGGCCCUGCAGCAGUGUCGGGAGAAGCACGCUGGGGAACUGAAGAGCAAGGAGGAGGAGCUGCAGGGUGUGCGGGCUGAACUCCAACAGGCCCAGGAGGAGCGGGACUGUCACCUCAAGACCAUCAGCACCCUGAAACAGGAAGUGAAGGACACCGUGGACGGGCAGCGAAUCCUAGAGAAGAAGGGCAGUGCUGCGCUUAAGGACCUCAAGAGGCAGCUGCACCUCGAGCGGAAACGGGCAGACAAGCUGCAAGAGCGGUUGCAGGACAUUCUCACUAACAGCAAGAGCCGCUCUGGUGAGGGCCUCGAGGAGCUGGUUCUGUCAGAGAUGCACUCCCCAAGCCGGACCCAGACAGGGGACAGUAGUAGCGUGUCCUCCUUCAGCUACCGGGAAAUCUUGCGGGAGAAGGAGACCUCAGCUGUUCCUGCUAGGUCCUUAUCCAGCAGCCCACAGGCCCAGCCGCCUCGACCUGCCGAGCUCUCCGAUGAGGAAGUAGCUGAGCUCUUCCAACGCCUCGCAGAGACACAGCAGGAGAAAUGGAUGCUGGAGGAGAAGGUGAAGCAUCUGGAGGUGAGCAGCGCCUCCAUGGCAGAGGACCUGUGUCGGAAAAGCGCCAUCAUUGAGACCUAUGUCAUGGACAGCCGGAUCGAUGUGUCCGUGGCCGCUGGCCACACCGACCGCAGCGGGCUGGGCAGUGUCCUGAGAGACCUAGUGAAGCCUGGCGACGAGAACCUUCGGGAGAUGAACAAGAAGCUCCAGAACAUGUUGGAGGAGCAGCUCACCAAGAAUAUGCACUUGCACAAGGACAUGGAAGUUCUGUCCCAGGAAAUUGUGCGGCUCAGCAAGGAGUGUGUGGGGUCCCCGGACCCAGAUCUAGACUCGGGAGAAGCCAAUUGAAGACCUCCAGGAUGCUCCUAACCUGCUCCAACCUUGUCCCCAAAACACCAUUCCCUUGGGCAGUGAUGGGGGCGCAGGGGACAGCGCCUCCAUCACAGAGGUCAGGAGACUGGACAUUAAAGGGUUGGAGGUCUGAUGGCUGGUGAUAGUGACCCUGUCUUUGGGCAGAGGCCCCUUGGGGAAGGAGAACCCCGGGGAGGUAUUUCUCCUCCUCCUCCUCAGCCCUGGCUCUGUAGAGCCUCGGCCUUCGACACUGCAUGAGUCCUCCUCCCAGAGAUCAACUCUCGAUUUUAUUUUUAUUUUGUUAAUUUAUGUUUGGAAGCCUGGC